CAGUGUGUUGAGAAUAUGGCCAAGCAUCAUCCUGAUUUGAUUAUGUGCUGAAAGCAGUCAGGAAUUGUCACUGGAUGACUUUGUGAGAAAUGCGAUGGCAAGUGUGUGAUUUGCGACUCUUACGUGCGUCCUUGUACACUUGUCCGGGUUUGUGACGAAUGCAACUAUGACUCAUUUCAGGGCCGCUGCGUCAUAUGUGGAGGGGUGGGAAUAUCUGAUGCUUACUACUGCAAGGAAUGCACACAGUAGGAGAAAGACAGGAAUGGUUGCCCCAAAAUUGUUAAUUUAGGGAGUGCCAAAACCGAUUUAUUCUAUGAAAGCAAGAAGUAUGGUUUUAAGAAAAGAUGAUGAAGGUGUAAGAGUGAGAUAUUUUAAUCUAUCUAAAACUGUUUUGUAUGUACUUCCUGAGAUAUCAUAUUAGAACCGUUGCAGUUGAGACUUUGAGCAUAAAACUAUAUUUUCUUAUGCAAUUGUUGGUGAUGUAAGUGCAUGACUUGUUUACUAAGGAUCAUGCAAUUAAUGGAAUGAUUUGAACAAGUUCAGGUA